AUGGGAGCGCGGACGUCAUCGCAGCCCGCUGGUGCGUUUGAACACUUUGGUCAAAAACUCUAUUCAAGUCUAUGUCGUCUUCAAACUGGCGAAAAUCUCUUUCUCUCACCUGCAAGUAUUGCAUUGGCUAUGUCAAUGUGUGCAGUUGGUGCUCAACAUCAAACCUUGCAACAAAUCCUAGAUACACUCGAAUUCUCGUCAACAGAAGAACUGGUCAAGGCGUCUGAGGAUAUUCUCAGCAUCUUUUCUAUUGUCGGUCAAGAUCAAUCGAUUCAGGCGAAACUGGCCAAUCGUCUUUAUGCACAGAAAACAUAUAAACUCGAACAAGAUUAUUUAAAACUUAUUCGGACGUCUUUCCUAGCUGAUAUGCAACUGGAAGAUUUCAAGAAUGACAAUAUCAAAGUUACGCACGAAAUCAAUGCCUGGGUGGAACAACAAACGAAUAACUUAAUAAAGGAUUUACUUUCACCAAGUGACAUAUCAACCGACACACGGUUGCUCAUCGUCAACUGUAUUUAUUUUAAAGGCACAUGGAAAGAACAGUUUCGUGAAUCUGCAACUGAUCGCAAUGCGAAUUUCCAUGAAAACAAUGGAACGAUAUCGAAAGUUGAAUUGAUGUGUCAGAAGGAAACAUUUGCUUAUGCAGAAAACUCAUCACUAGGAGUACAAAUCGUUCACCUUCCAUAUAAAAGCAGUAGUGAAAAUGUUCGAUUUGUUUUUACGAUUAUCUUACCGAAAAAAGGUGUUUCAUUGUCUGACGUCGAAAACAAAUUCGCGUCAAAACCGAGUUUAUUACACAAUGUGCUCAAUAAUCAAAACGCGACACCAAGGGAGUUGCUAUUGUACGUGCCAAAGUUCAAGAUGGAAACUUCAUUUGAAUAUGGAUCUGUUUUGGCACAACUAGGAAUGCGGGAUGCAUUUGAUGAAAACGAAGCAGAUUUUACUGGUAUUGUCGGUAAACUCCAUGGUCAAUCUCGGCUAUUUAUAGACAAGGUUAUUCACAGAGCAUUGAUUGACGUGAACGAGCAAGGUACUGAGGCAGCUGCUGCUACAAUCGUCAGAGUGGUACUCACUUGCGCAAGCCGACGGGAACCGCAGCCGAUCUUAUUUCGAGCUGAUCGGCCAUUUUUAUUUUAUAUCCGUGAAGUGCGUCAGAAUCUGACAUUAUUUGCUGGUAAAUUUCUCACGGCUGCUAAAUUAUCUUCUUAA